AUGGGUGAUCAAAAGAAUGGCAUUGAUGAAGCUCCAGGAUCAACUGAAGUUCCUCCGAACUUUGCAUCGGUUGAGGCAUCCGUGUUAGAUGAGAUCGUGAGGGAGAAGAAGAAUGCACAUGAAGAGGAUGGAUCUGCUCCGGAGGACAGGAUCAUGGCUGUGUUCAACAAGAUACAUGAGCUGUUGAUGGACAACGAUCGAGCUGUGCAGAAAGUCAUGGAGUCUCAAGGAAAGCAGAUAAAAGGAUUGUUGGAGCUUGCGGCAGAGAACUGUAAAGUAAUCGCCAUGUUGUGGGAAGACUACGCGGCGAGGCGCAAAGGAGAAGCCACGGUUGCCGAUGAUGACAUGAAGAAGAAACGUGCUGUGGUUUUUUCAAGUACACGAAGGGGUAGUGUUACUAAUGCGAGUUCCAGCAAACAGAGGACGACAAAAAAAGUUGAUAAGCCAACUAGAGAGGUGGAAGCCGUUAUUAGAAAUGCUGAAUCCAUUUUAAGUAACAUCAGAGGGGAGGCGGAAGACCUUGUGAAGUCAAGUAAGUGCUCGGCAGAAGGAAAAAAGCAAGCCAGAACGUCCAAGGUUGUGUCCAGGAAAGGGACAUCAAGGCAACCUUUGAAGGUGGUUAAGCGAAAACUUGAUUACUGGUCAGGGGACGAUGCUGUGGGUGGUUUGAACUCAAACCAAAUCCAACAAGAAGUCUUGAAGUCACCUGGACAUGUUGAUGUCAUGGCGCCGGAUUUCGUUGAGAUAUGUGGCCUGCCGCUGUGGUUAGAUCUUUCCUUCUAUCCACCUGCCGGAAUGAACUUGUCGACUUUAGAGUUGGUGGUCGUGGCUUAUAUCUUCGCGCCUGAUCUAGAUAAGAAAUAA